AUGUCGCGAAAGGUCCAUGAAGAUAAGCCAUUGAAACUACAGAAUUCUCCUGGUAUCAGAGUGGUUAUUUUGUUGGUUUAUGUGGAUGAUUUGGUUCUCACCGAGUUGUCGUCCUUGGAUCUUGCUGAUUUUGUCAUUGAAUUAUGUUCCACCUUUGCCUGCCAUGACUUGGGUUCUCUUGGUUUCUUUUUGGGUCUAGAGGUUACUCGAGAACUACACAUGCUGUAUCUCUCACAAUGCCAGUAUAUGGUGGAUCUCCUUCGCCGUUUUCAGCUUGAGUCUUGUGCCCCAUGUGCUACACCUAUUAGUCCAUCCAAAUCAGUGCUUCCUACUAAUGAGGAGCUCCUCUCUGACAUUACUUUGUAUAGAAGUAAGGUUGCUCAGUGGUUGUCUGCUCCCACUCACCGUGAUCUGCGUGCCCUUAAACAGAUUUUCAAGUACAUCAAAGGUACUCUCACUUGUGUUCUCACUUUUUAUCAUGCCUCUGGCUUUCAUCUCUUGGCAUAUUCUAAUUUUGACUGUGCCACUAACGUGUCUAGUCGACGCUCUGUUAGUGGUGGUUGUGUGUUCCUUGGUUGGAAUCUCGUCUCUUGGACUACCAAGAAGCAAGCUACUAUUUCUCACUCUAGUGCCAAAUCUUAG